AUGAACCUUCGCAAAGCUCCAUGGACGAGUUAUGCUUCCCCGAUGCCAUGUGUUGUUGAACUUUCUAGGUUGAGCUUCCAUGACGAGGUCCUGGGUGCCACGAACAACCCCGUGAACAGGAUUUCAGAGCGAAAGUUCAUCAUCUUUGAGACAGCUUUAGAUGUAUUGCUCUCAAAGUGUCAAAAAUGUUCAGAGAAAGUGGUGCAUGUCAAGAAGAGAUGUGAUGGAACUCUGCUGAGUGUGGAAACUGCAUGUGCAAGAGGGCACGUGUGCUCUUGGUACAGCCAGCCCCUCUUAAAUAGGAAGCCCCUUGGGAAUAUUUUACUGAGUGCAGGCAUCCUUUUCUCUGGUUCCAACAUCAAGAAGACCCUGAGGUUACUCACAUCUGUGGGGAUAUCUUGCUUCAGCUACAGGACAUUUUUCAAUGUACAGGGGGCGUUUUUACUACCCGCAAUAGAAAAGGUUUGGCAACAUCACCAGACGGUCAUGCUUGAGGCAGCGCAAGGGCAGGGCUUGACAUUAGCAGGUGAUGGGAGGGCGGACUCUCCAGGCCACUCAGCAAAGUAUGGAACAUACACGAUGCUUGACGCCGCACGGAUGCAGGUGCUCCAUAUUGAAACUGUGCAGAGCAAUGAGGUUGCGAACAGUCAUGCCAUGGAGCUCGAGGGCCUGAAACGCGCACUGCAGUUUCUUCGGAAUCAGGGCAUGGUUGUCCACAGGCUAAUUACUGACAGACACGUGCAGAUUCAGUGUUACAUGCGAAAAGAAAAUCCGGACAUUGAGCACUUGUAUGACGUGUGGCAUGUAGCAAAGGGCAUCAAGAAGAAACUGACUGCAGCGUCCAAAUUAAAAGCUGCAAAGGACCUCGGUGACUGGGUUAAGGCCAUCAUCAAUCACCUGUACUGGUGUGCCAUGUCCAGUCGAGAUGACCCACGACAAAUUUUGCCAAAGUGGACCUCCCUGCCAAGGCACAUUGCAAACAUACAUCAACAUGACGACCCACUUUUUCCGCAGUGUGCACAUGGGGAAAUGCGACGCACAAAGUGGCUUCCCCAAGACUCUUCAGCGUACACAAAACUGAAGGAAAUUGUACUAGCAAAGAACCUUCUGAAGGACCUUCCCCAGCUUUCGACAGUGGAGCAGACGUAUGCUGUAGAAUGUUUUCACAGCACACUGAAUCACUUUGCACCAAAGUCAACACACUUCACCUAUGCGUGCAUGAAAGCAAGGUAA